CUACGGCUGCUAGAGACUGUACGGCCUCCACGCCCCCGUACAGUCUCGUGGUGACGGAGCGGGCCGGCCCAGUGGCGGCGGCGGCGGCAGUGCGGUCUGGCGGUGGUGGUCGGAUGCGCGCUCGUAUCGUGUCGUCUCCGGCUGGCAGCAGAGGAGCGCCGGGCUGUUAGUGCGCGGUGGGGACGGGCUCGGGACGGUGGUCGGUGGUGUGCGCUGGGCCCAUGCGGUAGCUCUGUAACCGCAGCAGCCAUGUCCAAGUACAGCAACGACCGUGGUGGCAGCGGCUACAACCAGACCUACAAGCUGGUGAUCGUGGGGGGCGGCGGCGUCGGCAAGUCGGCCAUCACCAUCCAGUUUAUACAGAGUUAUUUCGUGACGGACUACGACCCGACGAUUGAAGAUUCGUACACAAAACAGUGCGUCAUCGAUGACGUGGUCGCAAAGCUCGACAUUUUGGACACGGCCGGUCAGGAGGAGUUCAGCGCCAUGCGCGAGCAGUACAUGCGCUCCGGCGAGGGCUUUCUGCUCGUAUUCAGCGUCGACAACCGGUCCAGUUUCGACGAGAUCUACAAGUACCACCGGCAGAUCCUGAGGGUCAAGGACCGCGACGAGUUCCCCAUGCUCAUGGUGGGCAACAAGUGCGACCUGGAGCACCAGCGGACGGUGACCACUGAGGAGGCGCAGCACGUGGCGCGCAACCUCAAGAUCCCGUACGUCGAGUGUUCGGCCAAGCUGCGAAUGAACGUCGACGACAGCUUCUACGAGCUGGUGCGGCUAAUACGCAAGUUCCAGGCCUCCGAGCGGCCGCCCAUGCCGCCGGCCGCGCGCAAAAAGAAGAGCAAGUGCUCAGUGCUCUGAGAGAGGCCGCCGCGGGCGCCCACGAUAUUAGGACCGAGAUCUGGCCAGCGUCGCGCCCUGGCGGUGGGCGGCGGCCAGUGCGCCGCGCCGCGCCGCCGGCGCCGACUGGACUGAGACUGACAGACUGCGAGAGUGACUGGGACUAGGACUGGUGUCUGGAGCGGUGGAGCUAACACAGCAGUGCGGAGCGCGCCGUGUGCGUGUGAGAGGGAGCGGCGCGCCGGCCGCCGGCCACCCGCGCCCGUGAUCGGCACUGAUUGUGGUAACGAGACGUGCGCUCCAAGCGGACCCUGCAGCGGGGUCAGCGAACCUCAGCCGAAGGCGACUCAUCAGAGUCGCCGGUACCAUCGUGGCCAGGUCCCGAGUCACCCCGGCCCGGCAGGAGUCACCACCCGAGUCAGCGGCGCCGGCACCUCGGACGACUCGGACUCGGCUCGGCCCGUAUCACAGACACGCCGGCGCCCCGGCGCGCCCGUUUCACCAGCGGGGAAGGGCCCAGCGCCAGCCCCGCCAAAUAUGGGCGGCGCCCGGCCGGAGCCGGACGGACGCUGGUAGUGCGCGCCGCGCGCGCCCCGCCCGACCUCCGUCGACAAUACACUGCCACUGCGAGCGCGCUCUGCGAGUUGGGCCGCCGCGUCGCCCGUCCGCCGGCCAUGGCGACAGAACGUGGGACGGCAGUGCGGCCCGUGCCGACCGGCAGCCGACGGGCCUGAAACAUGGCUGGUGUCACGUGACGUGACGUGACGUGGCGGGCCCGCCCCGCUGUGUGACGGCGAGCAGUCACGUGACGUCACUCGCCGGCCGCGCUACCUCUGCACACUCUGUGCUGUGCUGUUACGUGCUCGCGGCAGACGGUGCAUGGAAAACGAGUUUUCGGUGCGGAGACUAGAAUCUAACACGCGUUAUCAUCCAGUGCAUCAAGUGCUAGACAUGGCCACUGGUCGAGUGCCACAGUCAUCAGUUCACGCCUUUCAAUGUGACAUUCUCGCCUGCCGCGUGCCCUUUGCAGCUGUCCAAUCGAGCAUGUCGAGUCAUGAUCAGACGUGUGCUGUUUUUCAUCUAAUUCACCUCUUGGGAGGAACGCGAGAGCCCUGAUCAGAACGAGUGAUAAAUGUUAUAACGGCUCCGCUGUGUUCGGAGGUGGUUUCCGUCUUCCGGUGACCCAUUUGCACAGCAGGCCGGUACAUCAGUCCCCUGUAUGAACGUCGGUCGAUAUAAACACCUCGCCUAACCCA